AGAAGUCAGCGCUACUUUGGGGGCGUUCCCUCCUCCAGCAGCGUCGCUAGCCGAGUCAGAACCCGGGAGAGCCUUAGUACGCAUGCGCUCGGAGGAGCCGCAGGGGAAGCCGGGAGGAGUUCCCCUGUGUGUGUUUGUAAGAUAUUCCAUAAGGUGUCUGCCUAUGAGUUGAAUUGCUGGAUUAAAAGGAAAUUUCUUCACAUGGCUGCUGAAGAAGUGACAAUUACAGUUCGCCUCAUUCGUUCAUUUGAGCAUCGCAAUUUCAAACCUGUAGUGUAUCAUGGAGUUAAUUUGGACCAAACUGUAAAGGAAUUUAUAGUAUUUCUAAAGCAAGAUGUUCCUUUGAGGACAAGCCUGCCACCACCAUUCAGAAAUUAUAAGUAUGAUAAACUAAAGAUUAUUCAUCAAGCACAUAAAUCAAAGGUAUGUUCCACCUGCAUAGUAUCUGGCACAUAG